AUGGCCCUUAUAAUGCCUGCUCCUGAACUAGUCAACUCAUUCGCACAAUGGCAAGCAGACAAUCUUAUUCACAACUGCUUGAACUGUCAAACAAAGUUUUCGUUUCUGGUCCGGAAGCAUCAUUGCAGAUGCUGCGGGGGCAUUUUCUGCGCCAACUGCAGCGACAACUUCUUAUGGUAUGACAAACGAAAGGUCAAGGUUGUUCGGCGGAAAGAUGAUACCGAUGGGUUUGAAGUCCCGCCUUACAGGACAUGCAACUCCUGUUGCGAGAACUUGACCCAGAUGCAUCUCAUACAGCCAAGGUGGGGAGACAAACUGAUGCGCCUCCAAGGCUCAAGCAUGAGAACACCUCAACCUCAACCAGCGCCUGUGUUACCCACUUCGUCUUCAGCUUCUUCGGUUCAAGCUACCGAACUUGCAAAGGCUUCCGGCGCGGCUGAGAAUACUCGCGAUCUGGACCAGGAAUCUAGCAGAUGUCCCAUUUGCAAUCUCGAUCUGUUUAAGCUCUCCGAGAUAGAUUCAGCAAUGCAUAUACAAAAUUGCAUUGAGAGAGCAGAAUCAACGCAGCAACAUCAUGAUCAAUCAAGCCCUGGAGAAAGCCCAGCCCAGCGAAAUCGAAUGCUGGUGUAUGUGAUCCCCCCGGACCAGGACACACCUGACCCAACCUCUCAAGGAGAUCCAGAAUGUCCGAUUUGCUUCGAAGAGAUGAAACCUGGCGACAAGGUUGGAAGACUUGAGUGCCUAUGUGUGUUUCAUUAUGAUUGCAUUAAGAGUUGGUUUCGAAAGAAGUCUCAAAAGCUCAAAUCUACUACAGGAAAGUCCGUUAGUAAGAAUUUCUGUCCCCUGCAUGACGCAGUGUUUUAG